AAACUUUUUUCCCUAUAAAUCAUCAACCCACUGGCCCAUAAAAACUAAGUUAAUACGCCACAUCAGACCGAGUCGGACGCAGCUAAUUAAUCAACCAUGGUGCUUAAACUAGCACUAUACUGCUUCACGCUGACCACCACGCUCGUCCUAGGUCAGUUCCGCGGCCAGUCCGGGGACGAGUCCUGCUUCGAGCACCAGGAUAUGCCCGAUCCGAACGAGUGCUGCACGCGGCCCAUGUGGGUCAACCGGUACAUGCUGAAACCGUGCCGCUAUGCCACGUCCGAAACGGAAACCUAUCGGAACGAUUUCGAUUCGUGCAGCGUAACUUGUGGGGUGUUCAAAAUCAACAUAACAAUGGUGAACAAUCGAGUGGAGAUCGUGCGGUUGUUCAAGCCGACCAACUUGAAAGCCGGAAGCGAUCAGCAGUGGCGGCAGACGAUUUCCAAGUCGUUGAAACUUUGCAAGGAAAAGAUCACCCGGAUGGUUGGCCAGCAUGCCCAGGAACACCGAGAGCAGGAGCAGUGUGAAAAGGCGGCUGUCGUUUUUGAGGAUUGCCUGUACGCUCAGAUGUUUCUGAACUGCCCGGAACGAUCCUGGAUCCGCAACGAUGGCUGUGAUAUGGUCAAAAAUCAUCUGAUGGAGGGCUGCCCGUACGAAUCGCUGGAUGCAGUGUCCACCAGGGAUCGUAACAAUGAUGAAGACGACGACGAUGACGAUAACGAUGGCUUCGAGCCGGUCAACUCUCGCCAGUAGACUAAAACAAGCGCUCGUGUAGGGUAAAAUUCAAUUCAUCAUUUUUAUUCGUUCGUGUUGUAUCUUCACUUGGCAUUUUCGAACAUCUUCAACAUUACUCUCUCUGGAUCUAUCAGUAUAAAUAAAUAUGUACAAAUACAAGAACU